CACUUUAAACCCUAGUCAGCGUCUUCUACCUCUCCCUCAGCGUCCUCUCUCUCUCUCUCUCUCUCUCUCUCUCACACACGUCUUCUCUCUAGAUUAAAUUUCUGAAUUUUUUUUUCCUGGGUUUGUGUGGUUGAAGAAGAGGGUCAUGGGGGAUGAGAUGGCAGAUAAGAUGAAGUAUGUAAAUGAGGUUGUAUUGAAGAGAAGGAAAAGCAAUGAAGAGCUGGCUUUAAGGAGGAAAGAGCAGUUGGAGCAGAGGAAGUUUAGGUCUCAGAAAAAUAAGCAAGAAUUUAUUAAGAAACCUGAAGAUUUCGUCAAAGAGUUUCGCUACAGGGAGAUGGACCUCGUCCAUAUGAAACACAGGUUAAAGAGAAAAAGGCCAGAAUUGGAGACAACUAACUCACAGCUUCUUUUGGUCAUUCGCAUACAGGGGAAAAAUGACAUGCACCCUACUGUUAGGAAGACCUUAUACAGCCUAAGAUUGAGGAAGAUUUUCAAUGCUGUCUUUGUGAAAGCAAGUGAUGCAAUAAUAGAGAAGUUGCUGAGGGUGCAGCCGUAUGUUUCCUAUGGGUAUCCUAACCUUAAGAAUGUGAGGGAGCUGAUUUACAAGAAGGGUUUUGCAAAGAUAGACAAGAAGAAAGUUCCUCUGACAGACAACAACCUUAUUGAACAGGAAAUGGGGAAGCAUGAUAUUAUAUGCAUAGAAGAUAUAGUGCAUGAGAUUGCUACCAUUGGCCCACAUUUUAAGGAGGUUACCAGUUUUCUAUGGCCCUUUGUGCUCAACAAGCCAGAAGUAGGACUAAAAGGGUCAAAAAUGGCAUACAAGAAUGGUGGAGACGCGGGCGAUCGCGAGGACAAGAUCAAUGAACUAAUUAGCAAGAUGAAUUAGCAUGAGAAGAACAGGGGUCUCAAGAUAAAUUAUUUUGGUUUAAUGAGGAUUGCAGUUGUAUUCUCUUUUCAUAUACAAGAACAGUGUUGUAUGAUGUCUUGAUGCAGUAAAAGUCGUCAAAUGUUGAAUUGUUCUUAGUACCCAUUUUUCUUUGCUGAUUCUGAAGUUAAUUUCUUAUUUA